AUGUCUGAAUUUCGACAUGUGCGAUCUGGGAGUCUCAACAUCUCACCGCAAGCCAACAGCAUGAAUUCUCUUGCUGCGAAUAAUGGCCGUUUUGAGGGCCCCAGAAGCCCCCCAAAUACAUCGCAUGUUCCCUGCAAAUUCUUUAGACAAGGCGCCUGCCAGGCAGGGUCUGCUUGUCCCUUCAGUCAUGAUCUCGGCAGCGCCUCUGAGACGGUCUGCAAGUACUUUGCCAAGGGCAACUGCAAAUUCGGCCCCAAGUGCGCUAACAUUCAUGUGCUCGCCGACGGUCGACGCAUCAAUUACGGCAAGAAUGGUAUCACCAUCGGCCAGCCUCUUCAUCUAGGGAACCGAUUGACCUCGGCCGCGCCUUAUACUACCUCCAGCAGCGCCUUGACAAAUUCAUUUAUGAGAGCCGAUGCUGGCACGCCUUUUGGCAACUAUGGCUAUCCCAUGUCUCCUAGCGAGAAGUACCACCAGCUCGACCGCCAACCUAGCUUAGAGAAUGGCCUGCCGACCUUCGACACUACAUACUCUCACACGAGCUCCCAAUAUGGAUCGCCGCGAGAGGAGGAUCCGACGCGGCUGGGUCUCGGGUUGUCCCCAGUGGCAGGAAAAGGCUUAUCCGUGCUUGACGCUCCACUACCUGCUUCCUUCGACUCCAAUGGCAUUUCGCAUGCUGCCCGCUACCCGGCAGGACCAUGGCCUUCCUCGGUGCCGUCGCAAUUUGGGCUCGAGUCCCCGUCUCCAUCGCUGAAUGCCGCUAAGGACUCUCGAACAUCGGAAGCACUAAAGCUCCUCCAUCAUUCAGCAUUCGGCAGCAACGACCACCUGUCUUCUACCGUCACCACUUCCUCGCCGCCCACCCAGCCGACCGAUGAAUACUUUGGCAAGCGCCCGAUGCACUCGAGCCGCUAUACUAAGCCCAAGCUGCUGAGUAGCAGUGCGCCGCGCGCCAUGGGCAUUGAUCGCGACUGGGAGGCCGAAUUUCCGUUUCUGGAAGAGGAUUAUGUGCCUGAUAUGCUGAAAGAUUUACUCACACCUGCUGAGAAAGCACGCCGGGGUUCCAGGGCUGCCGAAGAUGAAGCAAAUGGACUCAAGUCAGGUCACGGUGUCGCCGCUGUUAGUGGUACUGGCACGCCUACUGCGGAGACAGCGUCGAAAUUUGGCAGUCCGAUGGCUGCGAGCCCAAGUCGUUGGGGCCCUCUGUUCAUGCGUCAGAAGGAAGAAGACGAGCUCAAGAAACACGCUCUGGCUGCAAGCGCCGGUGCGUUCGGUCAUGUCGGCAGUCCCUUGCGCAAUUCACCUCUUACGGCCGAUAUGAUACAGUCCCAUGACAACAGAUCCGGCAGCGUGGAAGGGCUUAGUGUGCUCACGCAACAGUUGCAAAGAACUCGCAUCGAUGGCUGUGGAAAUGACUCGCCACUUCUUAACCCCAACACUAACCCCAACACUGGAACCAGUGCCAUUCCCCACAUCGGCAUUGGAGGACGACCAACCAAUGGCCGCGCCACGGAGAGACACGUCAGCAGUGGCAGCCUCGGCUCCAGUGCACGCUUUACCACGCCUAUCGGAGAGGAGGAUGGCGAGUUCGUUUUCAGCAUGGACGAGGACGGUGAGAGGGACAGUACUAUAAGAGCAAGGAAGCGCACCUCCGGCGUGGGUACAGUCAUGGGUGCCUGGGGCAAUGGGAACGGCACUGGCAACUAUGCUGGUCCAAAGGAUGAGGCUACUGGUAGGGUCGGUGUCGUGGAUGGCGUUGGAGGUCGAUGA